AUGUUGCUGCUCUGUAUCUCCGCAUUGGUCCUCUUUACUCACACCCUAAAUGCCCAAGCUGCAGGAAUGACACCCUUUUCCAAGAGAGCAGUCCCAGAUGCCUGUGCCAUCAUCAUGUGCCACCCUGAGGGAAAUGGAUUGCCUGGAAGAGAUGGAAGAGAUGGGAGAGAAGGCCCCAGAGGAGAAAAGGGAGAUCCAGGACCAUCAGGACCUAGAGGCCCAGCAGGAUUAACCGGAGAAAUUGGUCCCAUUGGACCUAAAGGGGAAAAUGGAUCCAUGGGGGAUCCAGGCCCAAAGGGAGACACUGGAGAAAAAGGACUCCCUGGAGCCCCAGGUGUGCCUGGUCCUCCUGGAAAAAUUGGUCCCCCCGGAAAAGAAGGGAAUGCAGGACCCCAAGGUGAACAGGGACCCAAGGGAGAAGCUGGAGACAAAGGACCUGAAGGAAAAGAAGGGGCACAAGGUCCCACAGGCCCAAGAGGCCUACCAGGCCCUAAGGGGGAGAAAGGAGUAUCAGGUGAAAGAGGACCUCCUGGAAAUGCUGGAGCAACUGGCCCAGUUGGAAUCCCUGGCAUUCCAGGCCCCUCAGGGCCAAAAGGCUCAUCUGGGCCAAAAGGUGACAGAGGAUUACCUGGGGAGAAGGGUGCCAAAGGAGAAAGUGGUCUCACAGAAACCAAUGUUCUGAAGCAGCAAGUAGCGGCCUUACAGGAACAGAUGAAAAUCCUCCAAACAAGUUUCUCCAAGUACCAGAAAGUCGUACUGUUUCCAAGUGGCCGAGCAGUUGGAGAGAAGAUAUUCAAGACCAAUGGCUAUGAGAGCAACUUUGAGAAAGCGUCACAAUCAUGCAAUCAAGCUAAUGGGCAAAUAGCCUCCCCCAGGAAUGCAGCAGAGAAUGCAGCUGUUCAGGAGAUUGUCACAGCAUACAAUAAGGCAGCCUUCCUUGGUAUGACUGACAUUAAGACAGAGGGCAAGUUCAUCUAUCCAACAGGAGAACCCCUGGGCUAUUCCAACUGGGCCCCGGGAGAGCCUAACAAUGAUCAGGAUAAAGAGGACUGCAUUGAAAUAUAUACCAACGGCAAAUGGAAUGACAAAGCAUGUGGGGAAUCACGUCUUAUCAUUUGUCAAUUUUGA